CAGCAAUGAAAGUUAAGGCCCCUGAUACCAAGACUGAGGGAAUGGGACUGGAAGUGGAUAAAACAAAAGGUAAAUUUAAACUUCCCAAAGUGACAAUGCCAGAUAUAAAUGUAUCCCUACCAAAAGUGUCUGGACCAGAGAUAAAUCUCAAAGGACCAAAGGUUGAAACAGAUGUUUCUUUAUCAAAGCCAGAAACUGACAUUAAAGGUCCAUCUUUGGAAACUACAGCUGAUAUUCCAGUUGUUGAACCAGAAGGAAAGACAAAAUUUCAAAUGCCUCAUAUCAAAAUUCCCUCUUUCGGCUUUUCCAAGCCUGAAAUGAAAAGUCGAAAAUUAUCCGGGGACCAAACAUUACCUUCUGUUGACGUUGCACUAAAGAAACCAGACAUCGACAUAGACGCUCCAAAAAUCAGUGCUGAUGUUCCAUCAGUGGAUGUGAAACUUCUAGAUGCAGAGCUGACAGUGUCAGGACAGGCACCUUCAGUUGACGUCAAAGGCCUUAGUGUUGAGGUUGAAGGCCCAGACGUAGAUGGACAAGGAAGUAAAUUUAAGAUGCCCAAAUUUGGAACGUCAUUUCCGAAAGUAAAAGCAGCUGGGCUUGAAAUUAGUACCUCAAAACCAGAUGUUGACAAAACAUUGCCUGAAGCACAGUUAAAGGCCCAGUUACCCAGUGCUGAAUUGGAGGCACCUUCAGUUGAGGGAGAAGUCGAAAUACCUGAGGUGGAUGUUAAAGGACCGAAUAUAAAGAUCAAGAAAUCAAAGAUUUCAUUUCCUAUGUUUGGCUCAUCAAAAACAGAAGUUAAGACUUCUGAGUCUGAUAUUCCAAAAGGAGAAAUAUCUCUUCCCCAGGUGAAUGCAGAGGUGGAAGCACCCAAAGUGGACAUGAAAUCACCAGAUGUAGAUGUUAAGGUAGAUGCUGGCAUGGGGGAUUCUCCCAGCAAAUUUAGGCUACCGAGUAUUAAACUUCCUAAAUUUGGAGCAGUAAAGGGCAAAGUUGCCAGUGUGGACGUAAGUGGCGACAUUAAUGUACCUGAAGUAGAGGCUCCAUCAGAUGAAGUUGCAAUUGAAGUUAAGGCCCCUGAUACUGAGCUUGAGGACCCAACUAGGACCAUGUCAGUGCCUGAGGCAAAGACAGAGGUGCAUUCUGACAUUCCUGACAUUGAAAGUUCAAGAACAGACCCCCACACCUCCCCAAGUAAAUUCAAAUUCCCAUCUUUCAAAAUGCCAAAAUUUUCCUUCUCACCAGUAAAGAGAAAACCUAGUGACGCAGAAGCAAAUGUUGAAAAAAUGGAUACCGGUGAUAAAAUCCCAGAAAUUACAUGUGAAGGUGUUGAUGUGGACAAGAGAACCAUUGAUGUUUCCAAAGAGAAAACAUCUAGCUUCAGCCUCUCAUUUCAGAAACCGAGAAGUCGAGAUAUGAGUCCCAGCGAAUCUAAAGGGGACACACAUUCAGGAAAGCAACCACCUUUAGGUUCUGCCAAAACUGAACAUCACACAGCUGAAAUAUCAUUGGAAAUCCCUGGGGCAGAUAAAGGUCAUCCUCCUGAAAAAAUUGAGGAACCUGAAAAAUCAUCCAAAUUUAGUCUACCUUCAUUUGGUGAUAUAUUCAAGGGCCUAGAGCUUGAAUUUUACGUUCCCACAUUAGAAGAAGCUGAUCAAUCGGUAGCAUCCCGAGAUGAAAUUAGCUCUGCUACAAAAGAACAUGUUUCCCAAGUUAGGAAAACGGAAAAAGAUCUUCACCGGGCUGAUGCUGAAAUCGGUGCCACAAUACCCACUGCUGAAAUGUCCACUGAAGCCCAAACUGUCACAAAAGAAGAAGGUAAAGAUAAGUCGAAGUUUAAGUUUUGGUUUCCUAGGAUAGGUUUUUCAGAGUCCUUAGAGGAGAGUAAGGCUGUGACGGCUGAUACGGAGGUUGAAAAGAGGGACAUGCUCCCCGAGACUCAACAGGAGGAGGAAACAGAUGAACACAAAACAGACGUCAAGGAAGAGAAAGGCAGCUGGUUUACAUUUCCUAAGUUCGGUAUGUCCUCACCAUCUAAGACACCCAAAGAAACAGAGAUAACAGUCAGUUCUCCCAAAGACAAUCUGGACAAGGGCACAGAUGGUGAUGCUGCAGAGGACAUUAGUCUGACCUCAUCAGUGAAAUCAUCGGAUGCAUUUGCUGACAUUAGUUCCACCAUCACAAGUGAGCAGGUCGGCCUAUCAGAGACAUCUCCUGAGAAGGUUACAGUGAAAUACUCCGAACCAUCUGUCAUUGUGGGGGUUGGACAGGUUAAAACACCCAGUGAAGUUAUUACCUCCACGGCAAGAACUGAACUCAUUCGCCUGGAGCCACAGUUACCUGAUCCUGUCACUGUAUGCGUCACGUCACCAUCACAGGACACCCUGACGGACACAGGGGACAUACACAUUGUUACGUCAAACAUACAAGCACUACCGGGGACUGAACAUGCCACGAUUAUUACCAAGUUUGAAACCGUGGGAACCGUACCAUUGGGCAAAGGGUCAUUGAAAACUGCUGCCGCGCCUUGGACUGUCGAAGCGCCUGCUGAAAGUGCCAAGGAAUCCUCUGGAGAAAAGGAGAUCGUGGAAAAGCAUGUGAUAAAAGAGAUGACGGUCGAUGACAAGGGAACUGUUGUUAUAACCGAGAAGGUCACACAUGCUGCCCAUGCAGCCUCCGAGGGCCCUGAUGGAGAAGAUGCGACUUCUGCUGUCAAAAAGCUGAAAGAUAGCAUGCACUCUGAGAAAAUGAGGUUUUUUGAUGCCGCAGAAACAUGACCGCUCACGCUACUAAAAGAAGAUAGAAGGGUCUAGUGCUAAUUGUACCAUUCCUUCUGAUAGACCCCACGUUGUUCACAUAUCUAUAGUCUAUCAUGUAUGCAAGUAUAUAGAUAUAUCUGCUACUAGAUCAGAAUUAUAACUGUAAAGUUUUUUCACUUGCAAAAAUGCUGAAAUAUAUUCAUCCGUUUUUUUCAGCUGAGGGCAGCAGUCAUUAAUGCAAAUUACAAACCCACAGCCAUAGGAAGCAUAACAGGCUUGGAAGCUAUUUUAUUGGUAUCAGUUUUUUUAUAUAGGUUCUUUUGUGGUAAAUGUAAGUAACUGACUGGUUUUUAAUUUUAAGCUUCACUAAAUUUAUUAACUGAAAUGAUAUGAACACUAACAUACUUUGAAACAAAACAAAAUUCUAAAAUUAUAUUUAAAAAAAAAUUCAUGGGUAGCUAAGGAUUAACCUAUAGAGUAUAUUUUAGCCGGAAUAAACACACUAGUAAUUAACUGCGGAGUGUAAAGUGGAAAGUAAAACAUCUGUAAAUAUAUCUUUUAUUGAUCAUUUGCAGGUUUCAUUUUUGGUUCUGGUUGUUUGUAUUCCAGCAUAUCUGAUGUAAUCAAUGUAUUUGCACAUAAAACAAAUAAAUGUUGAAAAACAUACUGUA